AUGUCGUCAUCUCGUACCCAAGCUGGUCCGAGCCCAGGGGAGGGCUCAUCCGCGAAAUGGACUACCAUCUACCAACUGGUCAUGACGCCCAUAAUCUUCGUCUCCUUCCUGGUGUCACUGGCCUGGGUUGACUUCCGCUAUUCCAUCAUGCGCUCUCACAGCCACUCUGAGGAACCAAGCAGCCUGCCCCGCUGGCUUCACCGCAUCACAUACCGGGAGGCGCCAUAUAAAUAUGUCAAGGUCGAUGCGACCCAUACGACAGCCCCAGCGGGAAGCAGCGAGGGGACAAGGUGGUACUACCACAGCAAGCAGCGGAAGCUCAUGAAAAUGGAGGCCGAUGACGCCUUCCAGAUCCGUGGGACGGUCCUGGUGGCUCUAGGCUUGUUGGCCGCGGCGGCCACAUGGGCUGCUUCGUGGGCGGGCUGGUGGCUCUGGUCCAUGGCUAGGGCGAAGCUGGGCUGA